AUGAAGAUUCUUACCAAGGAAGAAGAGGCUGAGCACUACAAUGCUACUCUAAAGGGUGGUAUUACAGGAGGUUUCGUUGGUCUGGCAAUGGGUGGCGCCGCACUCUAUGUAGCCAAUAGACGAUUCCACACUAUCCGCAGUCUCACCAUUCCCAUGAAAAGUUUCCUCGUCACAUCCUCCGGUACUUUCGCCUCCAUCAUCAGCGCGGAUCGCGCAUCUCGCUCAUUCGAAUGGAAUCGCGACCCCUCGAGAAAUUAUAAGGACAAAUCAACACUCCUUCUCGAACAAGAAAAAGCCAAUGAAACUACUGCGCAACGCCUCAAGGCAUGGGGAAAAGAAAACCGAUACUCAAUCGUUACCGCAUCGUGGGUGGCCAGUAUGGGAAUCGCCUUUGGGAUGGUUUCCAAAAACAAAUAUUUGACAGGAGCCCAGAAAUUGGUACAAGCAAGAGUUUAUGCGCAAGGUUUGACAUUGGCCGUAUUGGUUGCAUCAGCGGCAUUUGAGAUGGGAGAUGCGAAGAAAGGAACAGGAAGGUGGGAGACGGUUACCGUGUUGGAUCCAAAUGAUCCAGAACAUAAACAUUUGAUCCAGAAGAAGAUUCACCAUGAAGCUUACGAAGGAGAAGAUUUAUGGCGUGAUAUGGUAGAAGCUGAAGAGCGUCGCAUUAAUGACCGCAAGCGAGCAGCAGAAGAAAGAAAUCACUCCUCGGGCAAAACUUCCUCGGACAAAACUUCCUCGGGUAAAGAAAACAAAGAUAAAAUCUCUAGGGAGAUGAAGAGUGCUGGAAAAGUAUCAUUUGCAGAUGCUAAAGAAAGAGAAGAUAAGAACCAAGCCGAGCAAGCUGAAAAGGAAGCAGAUGCAAAAAACGAAGCAGCACAGGCUGAACCAAAAGUCAAUGGUAAAAAUAAGAUUUAA